CGCUAAUAUCUUGACAAUUUAAAUUAAUCAUGGAAAAUAAAAAAAUAUCGAAUUUUUGGAGUUUGUCAGAAGAAAUGACGGAAUUAAAGCAAUUUACAAGAGCUCAAAUUUCAGAGACAGACCGUAAAUUGACGAGGAUUAUAAUUCAUGACAAAGUUUAUGAUGUCACGCAAUUUCUCAAUGAACAUCCGGGUGGUGAAGAAGUUCUACUUGACCACAAAGGUGUAGAUGCAUCUGAGGACUUUGAUGAUGUCGGUCACUCAGCUGAUGCUCAAGAAUUGAUGAAAAAAUAUAUGAUUGGAGAACUAGUCAAAGAGGAACGGACAAAUAGUGCGCCAAAAAAAGGCUGGACUACUGGACAAAAAAAUAAAACAAAACAAGAAGUUGAAGGACCUCCACUUCUUUUUUAUAUGAUUACGGGAGGUUUCUUAUCUUUCUUAAUCGCUGCUUGGUAUUUCCAACUCGGUGAAUAAUUUUUUUAAUAAUAAUAAUAAGAAUAAUAUUAAUAAUAAUAAUAAUAAUAAUAAUAAUAAUAAUAAUAAUAAUAAUAAUAAUAAUAAUAAUAAUAAUAUUAGACUUUAUAUUAAUUUGCUAUUGCAAAAAAAGCGCCUACUUCUUACACCCGCGAAUGAGUAAAACCAAAAAACUGACAAAAAAAAACUACAGUCUAUUAAAAGAUAAAUUUUCAACAUCGAAUAAAAAUAAUUUUUUGAAUUUAUUUUAUAAUAAUUUGUUGUAUAAAAUAUACCUAAUUACAGCUUCAAUUAAUAAAUAAAAUUAAGGGAAAAAUUUUAUUGUAAGCACUAAAAAAUAAAAAUGAAUUUGUAAAAAUAAUUAUUUCUGUACUUAAAUAAUAAUAUUUAAAUUUUAUCUAUUUAAAUAAAAAUUUUAAAAACUUGUAAAUUAGUUCGGGCACUAAUUACUGAUUGAGUGAGUGAGUCGUUGGCCAGAGCAGAGAAACUUGGGUUGGUGACGAUUUGCGUCAGACAACUGGAGCGAGAGAAUUUAACAAUCCACACACUAGUUGGUACUUUCACUGAGUAGGGAGUGAAAUUCAUACAAAAAAUAUUGAAAUAUAGAAUAAGAGAGCGAAAAACGUCUAGUGUAUUUUCCAAAUAUAUAAUAGUGAUAAUAAUAAUCAUGGAAUAUCUUCACUAUCAGAUAUCAACUGAUAAUUUAAAAGUAAAAAAUGUAUAAUAAUAAUGAUGAAAAUCCAACUAUACAAAAUUUUAAUAUAUAUAUUUGUAAUAAAAAGUUUUCAAGACUUUCA